UAGAGACGACAUGCUCCAUAGCGCCAUUGUUUGUCAUUUCCUCCCUCCCUCCCUCUGCUCCCAUAUAUUUGGCAAUCUCUCUCUCUCUCUCUCCCCAAAACCCUUCUUCCUCCUCCUUGCUGCAAAACCUCGAUCCAUAGUCCUCCAUAGCCGCCCAGCAAGCCUGUGCUCGGUCUCGUUAUUCUGCUGAAGAGACCGGAGCUAGGAGGCGAAGAUGAGUGGUGUGCUGCGGAGAAGCUCUACCCUGCUCCGCACGCUGCAGAAGCAGGGACCCAGUUUCAGCAACCACCAGGUUUCCCAUUCCCACCAUUUUCCCGGGAGCCAAGCGCAGAGCAGGCCCUACUUCGGUAAAUUACCCAACUUUCCCAGGAGAAUCAGGGAGUGCAAUGAUCUUACCCCCACGACCGCGAUGUUCUCCUCCUCCUCGUCGGCUGGGGCGGCUUCGUCCAAGGUCGGCCUUGUCGGGUGGUAUUUGGGGAUGGUCAAGUCUAGGCCUAUCAUCACGAAGAGCGUCACCUGCGCGCUUAUUUACACGGCUGCUGAUUUGUCGUCUCAGACAAUUGCAAGAGCACAAUCAGAUUCAUAUGAUCUUCAGAGGACACUAAGAAUGGCUGGAUAUGGGAUGGUUAUAUUAGGACCUUCCCUUCACUUCUGGUUCAAUCUAGUGUCGCAGCUCUUCCCAAAACGAGAUCUCAUCUCCACUCUGAAGAAGAUGGUCAUGGGCCAGGCCAUCUAUGGACCCAUCAUGACUGUUGUGUUCUUCUGUGUAAAUGCACAUCUACAAGGUGAAAAUGGGGCAGAGAUCGUUGCACGAUUGAAACGAGACUUGGUCCCUACAUUGAUUAGUGGUGUUAUGUACUGGCCCGCUUGCGAUUUCAUCACCUUCAAAUUCAUCCCUGUCCAUCUACAGCCACUGAUGAGCAACUCGUUCUCGUACCUGUGGACUAUUUACCUCACUUACAUGGCAAGCUUAGAGAAAGUGGAGACUUCUUCUUGUUGAACACCAGCGUUAGUCAACUACUCCGCCCUCGGCAAAUAAUUUCACAGCGGAUAUUUCGGACUUCAGGCACGAGAAAUCGUCCCCGAAAUUCGGUACUGGCGGAGUCUCUGAUCCCAUAGUCGGCUCAUAGUUUUGGGGCAGCGAUCAACUCCCUGGCUGCAAAUUAUUUUACUGCAAUUGUUUGAAUUAAUUUUGCUUACAGUAGUAGGUGUAAUUUACAAAGUGUAAGAACAGUGCAUCUUUGGAUGUCAAUGUGGCAAAAGAAGUACCCUUUCUCGUAA